AUCUUGUUUCCCUACAUAAACAUCCUAUCACAACCCCCAAUUCACUGGUCAAGACUGAUAGAUCUCACGGCACGCUGUUGUUCACGACAAGACAUCGCAGCAUUCGCCUUCUGACCACUCGACAUCUUUCGCGACCUCGGAAACUCAUCACAUUCGGACAUCAAGGUGCUUCUCUAUUCACCAUGGGCGGAGGACACGAAAUCCCCCACAGACAUGCGACAACGAGUCAGCAACCUACCUCAGAGCCAGAAUGGAACAAAGGCCUCUGGGGUCUUGUCGACAUGGGCAGCAACGGCAUCCGCCUCUCCAUCACAGACCAAAGCGCACCAACAACUCGAGUUUUACCCACCGUCUACGCCUACCGCAACAAAAUCUCCCUCUAUGAAGCUCAAUAUGACGAGAACGGCACCAAAAUCCCAAUCUCUGCCGCUGUAAUGGAUGAUGUGAUUUCCAUGUUGUUGAGGUUCCAAAUCUUCUGUGCGGAUUUUAGGGUUCCGCCCGAGCAGAUUGAGAUUGUGGCGACCGAGGCUACAAGGGCUGCUAUCAAUUCUGCAGAGUUUGUGGAGAAGAUUAGAAAGGAGACUGGAAUUAAGAUGAGAUUGUUGAGUAAAGAGGAUGAGGGUAGGAUUGGUGCGUAUGGUGUUGCGAGUUCGUUUUCGUCUGUGAGAGGCUUGGUCAUGGAUAUGGGUGGUGGUAGUACUCAAAUUACUUGGAUGAUUGCGAAAGGGGGUGAGACUCAGAUCAGUCCUGUCAGUGCUGUCAGUUUUCCAUAUGGAGCUGCUGCGUUGACUAGAAGGUUGGAAGAGUUGAAGAAGGGGAAGAGUAAGCAUGAGGCGCACAAGGCGAGGGAGGAAUUUCGCGCUCAGGUCAAGACGCAAUUCCAGGAGGCCUACAGCAAAAUUCAAGUCCCCAAAGAGCUUGUCAAGGAUGCUAUCAAGAAUGGCGGCUUCCGUCUUUACUUGACUGGAGGUGGUUUCCGUGGUUGGGGUUACCUCUUGCUCCAUCACGAACAGGUGGCUGGUGGAGGUUAUCCAUUCUCCAUCAUCAACGGAUUCACAGCCCAGAAAGACGAAUUCGAAGACACCGAGAAGAUGAAGGAGAUUGCCAGAGAAGCGAAGGAGAUCUUCCGCGUAUCGGAUCGUCGUCGUGGUCAGGUACCUGCUGUAUCCUUCCUCGUCAGCGUGCUCGCCGAAGCCAUUCCUCAUGGUAUCCGCGAAGCUCAUUUCUGUCAAGGAGGUGUCCGCGAGGGCGUUCUUUACAACCGCCUUCCUGCUGAGAUCAGAGCCCAAGAUCCCCUUGAAGUAGCGACAAGAGAUAUGGCUAAGCCAAUCUCACCCAAACUCGCCGCUCUGGUUACACAGUCACUACCAAGUGGUACGGAGAUACACGCCGGUGUGCCUGAAUCCAUCGAUGUUCACAUGAUCCGCGCCUUCGCCAACAUGUUUUACUUCCACGCCAACAUGAACAAAGAAGUUUCUUCGACAUCUGCGUUGUACAGCACAGGCACUGGCAUUCUAUGUUCCACCCAUGGUUCUUCACAUGCGGAUAGAGCAUUGCUUGCUCUCAUGCUCGAAGCAAGAUACGAAGGCGAACUGGCUCCUCGCGAAACAGAUUAUCGCGACCAACUCAUCCGCUUGGUGUCAAAUGAAGAAGCAUGGUGGACCCAAUACAUCGGCGUCAUCGGUCUCAUCCUCAGUCGCGCUUUCCCAGCUGGUGUAGUUCAGGAUGAUCUCUACGACAUCCACACCUCUACCAUCCUGAAGAAACCCGAAAUACGCAUUUCCUCAGAAUAUGUGGAUACGCUUGGCAAAAGAGGAGACAAGGAAGGACUGAUGGUUACAUUUACAUUGGUCUGGCAGACGGAGAAUAGAGAUGAUCCUAUGGAGGUCAAGGAGACUUUGGAGCGACAUAUCAAGGAUCUGGUCAAGGUUGGCAGGAAGAAGCAUGCGGUUAAUGGAUGGAGGAUCAAGGUUGGGGCGCAGGUCAAGGAUGAUUAUCCUAAUGAUUUGAAGUAAGGUAGAUGAGGCAAAGAGGUUUAUAUGUGUCAAAUAUUGUUACAAUAUGUCUUUUGUUGAAGACAAUAAUAGUCGCUGCCUUCACUCGAGACCAUCUGGCCUCUUGGGUCAAAUGCGCUGUCAAAAGACUCCGAUGCUUACCAAGAUAUCACCAGAUAGUCGCUUUCGCAUGCAUUUUAUAUUAAACCUC